AUGUCUGCAAUUGAAUUGAAAUCGGUGAUACCACCUCAACCUUCCACCGAAAGGAACUUCACCACUCACCUGUCAUACAACGAAUCCAAAAACGCCAUUGCCUAUCCAUGUGGCAAAUCUGCCUUCAUUAGAUUCUUAGGUGAAGAUGAGGAUGCUGUAGUCCAGUUUGUGGGACAUGCCACGGCAAACGUCAAUGUUGUGAGAUUUUCCCCAAUUCCUGGUUCUGAAUACGUUGCCUCCGGUGAUGAUUUUGGUAAAGUUAUCGUGUGGAGUUUUCUACGUGAUGAAAAAACUGGUGAAUUUGAAACUAAGAUCAAGGCAGAAUUUGAAGUGCUUGCGGGCCCAAUUUCUGAUAUCUCAUGGGACUUCGAAGGUCGCAGAUUAUGUGUUGUAGGUGAAGGUCGUGAUAGAUUUGGUGCUUUCAUCUCUUGGGAUACUGGUAACUCAUUAGGUGAAAUUUCCGGUCACUCUCAAAAGAUCAAUGCUUGCCAUUUCAAACAAUCAAGACCUAUGAGAGCUUUUACCGUUGGUGACGAUGGUUCUGUAGUUUUCUACCAAGGUCCACCUUUCAAAUUCACCGCCAGUGAUAGAACUCACCAUGAUUCAGGCAAAUUCGUUAGAGACGUUCAAUUCUCACCUGGUGCAGGUGAACAUGCCGUAACUGUAGGUUACGACAGAAGGAUUGUGUGUUUUGACGGUAAGACUGGUGAAUUUAUCAAGUACAUUGAGGACCAAGAUGAACCCGUACAAGGUGGACUAUUCGCAUUGUCAUGGUUAGAUGCAACUAGGUUUGUUACAGCAAGUGCCGAUUUCACCCUCAGACUCUGGUCUGUGACUGAAUCAAAAUGUCUACAAAAAUGGACUUUACCGCAGUCCCUCGGACAUCAACAAGUGGGUGUAGUUACCGCUAAGGACGAUCAAAUUAUCUCGUUAUCACUAGACGGUACCUUACAUUUCUUUCAAGUGGGUAAAGAAGGUGUGGUAAAAUCUUUGAAAGGCCAUAAUAAAGGUAUAACUGCCCUGGCUGUGAAUCCUUUGGUCAGUGGAUCUUUUGAUGGUAGAGUAAUGACUUGGAAUUCCGAACCUUCAGAAAUGCACUCCGACCACACCAAUUUGGUUCUAGCCAUUGACAACAGCAAACACCCAGACUACGCUACCAUUGCUUGGGAUGACACUUUGAAAGUCUCUGGAACUGCUAAACAUCAAUUCAAAGAUCAACCAAGAGUCGCACAGGUGGCUUCUGGCGAGGGAGUUGUUGCAGUGGUUACCACCGGGGAAUCAUUGCUCAUUAUAAACUCCUUUACAGGUGAAGUGAUUCAGGAAACUAAAUUAAGCGAACCUGCAACCGCCGUGGGCAUAGGAAAACAAUUCGUCGCCAUUGCACUGGAGCGUUCCAAAUACAUCGAGGUUUUCAAGGCCUCAGAUCUGUCUGUAAGCUACAAACUACCUACUGCUCUACGUGCAGCUGGCUCUUACAUUUCUUUCUCCCCCUCUGAAAAGUAUUUGGCAGUUGGUGAAGUUAUGGGUAAAAUCACACUUUUCGACUUGGAGACAAAAGAAAUCAAAACAUCAAGAUGGGCCUUCCACACCAGUAGAAUCAAUGCCAUUUCUUGGCAACCCUCAGAAAAGGAAGAUCUCGUGGCUACGGGAUCUUUGGACACCAAUAUCUUCAUUUACUCCGUAGAAAAGCCCAUGAAAGUGAUCAAAAGAUUAAAUGCCCACAAAGACGAUAUUACCGCCGUUCUAUGGGAAAAUCCCGAGACGCUAGUAAGUGCAGGUUCUGAUGCUUGUAUCAAAAAAUGGGCCGUCAAGUUUGAAUAA